UUUGCAGGCUGUUUUCUUCUCGCGAUAGAAGGGAUUCUCUCUUGGAGUGGGGGGUCUUUUAGCUGCUGCUCAAAAAGAUCUCGUAAAACAUGUACAAAAUCGUUAACAAGCAAAACGUGAGACAAGUGGCCAGUCUCCUCCAGAGGUUUCAGAGUACCUUGGUAGUGGCAGAGCACAACAAUGAGAAGCUGACUCCCAUCACGCUGAAUGCCAUCACAGCUGCCAGCAAGCUGGGAGGGGAGGUCUCCUGCUUGGUUGCUGGAACUAGCUGUACCAAGGUUGCUGAAGAACUAAGUAAAGUCCAGGGAGUUAAAAAGAUUUUGGUGGCUCAGCAUGAUGCAUACAAAGGUUUAUUGCCAGAGGAGCUGACCCCUUUGAUACUGGCAACCCACAAUCAGUUCAGCUUCACACACAUCUGCGCUGGGGCUUCUGCUUUUGGAAAAAACCUUCUUCCAAGAGUGGCUGCCAAACUUGAUGUUGCCCCCAUCUCUGAUAUCAUUGAGAUAAAAUCUCCAGACACCUUUGUUCGAACAAUCUAUGCUGGGAAUGCUCUCAGUACUGUGAAGUGCAAUGAGAAAGUGAAGGUCUUCACUGUCAGAGGGACUUCCUUUGAAGCUGCGUCUGUGUCUGGAGGCAGUGCUGCUACUGAACAAGUUUCUCCCGCUGGUGGUGUGGGCCUGUCGGAGUGGCUAGAACAGAACCUGAGCAAGAGUGAUCGGCCCGAGCUGACCAGUGCCAAGGUGGUGGUGUCUGGAGGGAGAGGGCUGAAGAGCGGAGAAAACUUCAAGCUGCUAUAUGACCUGGCUGACAAAUUGAAUGCUGCAGUGGGAGCUUCAAGAGCUGCUGUUGAUGCUGGCUUUGUUCCCAAUGACAUGCAGGUUGGACAGACCGGAAAAAUUGUGGCACCUGAGCUGUACAUCGCUAUUGGCAUAUCUGGAGCUAUUCAGCAUCUUGCGGGCAUGAAGGACAGCAAGACAAUUGUUGCAAUUAAUAAAGACCCAGAAGCUCCUAUCUUCCAAGUUGCUGACUAUGGCUUAGUUGCUGAUCUUUUCAAGGCUGUUCCUGAAAUGAUUGAGCAGCUGAAGAAGAAAUGAACUUCAAGUCGGUGAGCCUCCUGCCCCAGUUGUGCUCUCAGCAAAUACAACAGUUAAUACUUUCUAUAGAAAAAAGCCUUAAAAAUGUAUUACGAGACUUGUUCUGAUCUCAUUUUGAGACAUUCUUUAUGUAUAAGUCAAAAGUCUGUAUGUUUUUUUUGCUGUACUCUGUGUAAUUAAAACUAAUUUUAAUUAUGUUAAUCUG